GAUGUUUUCAAAGCUUUAACAAGUAGUAGGCUCUAAACAUGAACCCAGGAGCCCAUUACUAGCAUGACAACGUUGGUCUGACCCAAGAUCCGGGUGUUAUAUCUGGGCACAUUGGCCUCUGGAGCAACACUGAGUGAAUGAAACUCCAAAAGAACCCAUCCCUCAAGCAGAUGCAACAAUGGUUCCAGAAGAAGUGGUUUAUAUCCUGUCUUUAUAUCUACUUGUGACUGUGAUCUUCUAGAAGCAUGAAUGUUGAACAGAAGUGAUACCCAACUUCAUAUUCUAAAGAACCUACACGUAUCUGAUUUAAUUACAAUGGAUAGUGAGAACUAUCUUUUCCAGGACCAGGACCUAUCGUGUGAAUUACUAAGGAGACUGAAUGAGUUCAGAGAAGCCCACUUGCUCACCGAUGUUAUUAUUUGCACCGGGGAUUGCGAGUUUCCAUGCCAUAGAAAUGUACUGGCUUCUAGUAGCCCUUACUUCAGGGCAAUGUUUUGUAACAACUUCAUAGAGAGCACCCAAGAGAAAGUGACUUUAUUGGGCAUUGAUUCGGACUCACUGAGCCAAAUAAUCUGUUAUGUUUACAUGGGCGAAAUCCUUAUCACAAGGGACAAUGUGCUUAAUCUCAUUAAUGCUGCUUCCAUGUUACAGUAUGGAAAAUUACUGGAAACUUGUUCCAAAUAUCUUCAGGACCAACUCAAUCCGCAAAACUGCUUAAGCAUGAUGCGCAUGUCUGAAUUUUUUAGUUGUGUGAACCUUAAACAGAAGGCAUGGGACAUGGCUUUGAAAUGUUUUCCAGAGGUCUCCCUCUCUGAUGACCUCAAGGACCUCUGUGCUUCGGAACUGCUCAGCUACCUGGGAGAUGAUGACCUGUGUGGGGAAGAGGAACAAGUAUUUGAGACCUUGAUGCUGUGGAUCAGACACGACAUCCGUGGACGGAAGUCCUACGUUCAAGAUUUGUUUAAAAAAGUCAGGCUUCAGUACGUCCACCCAACGUUCCUUUUCCAAUUCAUUGCCAACGAGCCACUCAUUCAGUCUUCCCCAACCUGUGGGACCAUCUUGGAUUCAGCAUGUAGGCUUAUCUUCUCACUCACCUCUUCUUUGGCUCCUGAUGUCAAGCCUAUGUGGCAUGCUCCUCGAAGGUUUUCCCACCAGGAAUUUCUUGUCAAUAUUGGUGGCAGAAAAGACAACCAGCAGACCACUAGAGAUGUUUUGCUUUACAGUGAGAAGACCAACCAGUGGAUGAGACUUGCCAAGCUCCCGUUGCGUCUUUACAAGGCCUCCUCAGUGGGUCUACAUGGUAAUGUCUAUGUCUUAGGGGGGCUAUCCAUUGGCGCCAAGUCAAAUACAGUCACCUCUAAUGUUUUUAUUCUAUCACUUAAAUUAAACCAGUGGCGUAAAGGGGAGUCAAUGCUUGUCCCACGUUAUUCCCACAGAAGUGUAACAUACAAAAACUAUAUAUUUUCUAUUGGAGGCAUUGGUGAAAAACAGGAAAUCCUUGGUUCAAUGGAAAGGUUUGACAGCAUAUAUAACACCUGGGAUACCAUGGCUAAUAUGCCAGUAGCUGUUCUUCACCCUGCUGUGGCAGCCAAUGACCAAAGAAUCUAUCUUUUUGGAGGAGAGGAUGUGAUGCAUAAUCCUGCACGGCUUAUACAGGUUUACCAUAUUUCCAGAAACAUGUGGUUCCGAAUGGAAACCAGGAUGGUGAAAAAUGUUUGUGCGCCUGCAGUGGUGAUUGGAGACAAGAUUAUCAUUGUCGGCGGUUACACCAGGAGAAUUAUUGCUUAUGAUAUGAAGCAGAACAAGUUUAUGAAAUGUGCAGACAUGAAGGACAGAAGAAUGCAUCAUGGUGCCACGGUCCUACAGAAUAAGCUGUAUGUUACUGGGGGUCGCUGCCUGACCGCGGAUAAUACUAUUGAAGAUUCAGAUUCAUUUGACUGCUAUGACCUAGACACGGAUACAUGGACAUCAAAGGGGAAGCUACCCCACAGACUGUUUGGCCAUGGGUGCCUUACACUGCACUGUGUCCCGUCUCAUUUACAUUAGACAAAAGAGUUCUUAGCUUCUGCUUACAAUGCAGAUAAGAACUGUACCCAUAAUCUACAUCCCCACAAGAACUUGAUCUAAUCCUCAUCCUACAGUGUAUGCCCCAGCUAUUUCAUCUCAGGAUACUUUGUUGGUUCUCUGCUCACAGAAAGCGGUUCCAAACUCCACUAAAACAGUGAAUGGAACAAGUUGUGAACGGGAAUCAUCUUCCUUUAAUAUUUUAGGAACCUACCUCCCAUCCUGCCUGCUGAUGAACUUGAGUUGGAUCAUUAAAAUGGCUGCACAUUGUGGGUUGAUCCAAGUCAUUAGGUCCAGCCAUAGCUAUACGUUACUGAAAAAUAUACAUAUAAAGUUGCUACAAUGCAAAAGCUGGGAAGAGAUGGACACUUGCAUGGUUGGAGCACAUGAGAGAGAUUAUUAAGUAUCAUUAGAAGAUCACAUAAAGAACCCCAUGAUGCUGCAUGCUUGUAUCCAGUAAUGCCUUUAGUUGGGUAUGAGAUGAGGCAUCCCUGGGGUCCCUUGUCCUGUUGAUAAAAACAGUUUGAGGGCCAAAUACGGCCCUUUCUGCCCCACCAUGAAAACCAUCCUUUUUGAUUUGUGAUUUUUGUAUGUUUGCUGGAGAACUCCAAUUCAUGUAACCCGAGUUUGACUUGUUCUCGUGCUUAAGAUAUUAAACUGCCAUUAUUCA